GCGGGGAGGAAGUCCUGCCCCACGCAGACGUACGGGCAGCCGGCCCAAUGGGAAUGCGGUGGAUGGUCGGUGGAGGACAAGAUGGCGGUGCUCGCCCCGCUGCUGGCUCUGCUCUACUCAGUGCCGGGGUUGUGUCGCUGGCUGGCGCGGCCCUACUAUCCGCUGUCCGCGCUGCUCGCUACUGCCUUCCUGCUCGUUCGUAAGGUCCCGCCGCUGUGUCGCGGCCUGCCCUCCCAGCGGGAGGAUGGCAACCCCUGCGACUUCGACUGGCGGGAGGUGGAGAUCCUCAUGUUCCUCAGUGCCAUCGUGAUGAUGAAGAACCGGCGCUCCAGUGAGUGGGGGCUGCAGUGUGGAGGGGAGGCUGCUUAUGAGGCAUCUCCAUACUGUGAAGGAACGGAGGGAAGAGUCACUGUGGAGCAGCACAUUGGGAACAUCUUCAUGUUCAGCAAAGUAGCCAACGCCAUCCUCUUCUUCCGUCUUGAUAUCCGCAUGGGCCUGCUCUACCUUACGCUCUGCAUUGUGUUCCUGAUGACCUGCAAGCCGCCCCUCUACAUGGGACCUGAGUAUAUCAAGUACUUCAGCGAUAAGACCAUAGAUGAGGAACUGGAACGGGACAAGCGGGUGACCUGGAUCGUUGAGUUCUUCGCCAACUGGUCCAGUGAGUGCCAGUCCUUUGCCCCCAUCUUCGCUGACCUCUCUCUCAAGUACAACUGCUCGGGGCUGCACUUUGGGAAGGUGGAUGUUGGCCGAUACACGGAUGUCAGUACCAGGUACAAGGUGAGCACCUCACCCCUCACCAAGCAGCUGCCCACCCUCAUCCUCUUCCAGGGUGGGACAGAGAUCAUGCGUCGCCCACAGAUCGACAAGAAGGGCCGGGCUGUUUCCUGGACCUUCUCUGAGGAGAAUGUGAUCCGGGAGUUCAACCUCAAUGAGCUCUACCAGAAAGCAAAGAAGCAGUCGAAGCCACGGGAUGAGGGCUCUGAGGAGCCACCCGAAGGACAAGCAGCAGCUGGACUUGCCAAUGGGGAGACCAAGAAGGAGAAGUAGAAGCAGCCUGCAUUCUCACCUGUCACCACUCCACUGUCCCCUGUGGCUGGGGACCAGGCAGUGCCGGCUGGGGGCCCUGCACGUAGCAUUGAGCCUGUGGGCCGCUGCUCCCUCUGCCCGUGCUGGCCGGGGUCCGUGCUAGCCCUCGGCCCCGCCGGUUCCUGGGAAGGGUAGGGCCAGGAGCCGGGCCUGCGCUUCGCGCGCAUCCUUUGGCUGACAAUAAACGUUCUGUGCGCGUC